GUCCAGCGUCUUCUACAUGGACAACUGCGUCGUUAUGUCGCAGUCGCACGUGAUGUACGCUCUUGCGUCGGACCUGCGUGUCAGCGGCGGCUCCGUGUUCUCCAUACAGAACAGCCUGUGGAGUGCACCGAACACCGGAUACUACAAGGGCGCGUGUGUGUUUCUGGAUGUUGCGGUGGAUGGCGGCAGCGUGCUGCAGAUUGUGUCCAGCGAGUUCCGUCUUGGCUUCGCCAUGCUCAUUGCAAACACGCUGACUGUGACUGAUGGCAGCUGGCUGGUGCACCGCGACAACGAGUUCCGCACCGCCUACGUCGUGCAAGUGAUCAAAUACGACGGCGUUGCGUUCCGCGAUCGGAGUGUGUGGUCGAUACUCCGUAACAAGCUCACGUAUGGCUCGUACUCGUCGACCCAUGCACACAUGACAAACGAUUGGUCACCACCAUCCGACUCGUGCCCGACCAUCUACGGCAUGUGCAACGAGGCAAGGGGCUCUCCUGUGACGAAUUACCAAGAAGAGCUCAAUAUUGGAGUGCCCGUGACGGCACUGGACUGUGGUGCGUGCACCGUGGACGCCGUGUGCUUUGCAGCGAGGACGAGCAGCAUCAGCGGCUGUGAGUGCGUGUGCGCUGCUGGCGGCCACGGUGACACGUGUCUGCCAGCUGCGGUUCCGGACGGUCUUGGGCCGCUCCCCGAUGCAACCGACACGGAGGUCCGCUGCGUGCACGGUGGCAGCAUCAGCUUCGUGGACGAUCCUGAUCCCGGUGUGCGUGGCCUGUGCUUUGUCAACGUGACCUUUACUGCCGCGAUCGUGCUUGACCUGUCGCUUUUUGCCGCACCACAACAGACACUCAACAUCACGCUGCUGCAGUGCGUCCUCAUGGGCCUGUCGAUCAAGGGGAGUGGUGCGCGCGUGCACUUGGGCGUGGUCUCCUCGAUUCUGUAUUCUGGUUCAUUGGAGUUCAGGGGCGAUUUUGGUGGGAGCUCCCAGAUACUGGUGGCGGGCAGUACGCUUGUGAUGAGGUCUCGCCACGCCGCUCAAUUCCAGAGGUUUUCUCUUGGUGCGAACUCGACACUGCUGUUGCUCGACAACGUCAUUGAAGGGGAAAGUUACGCCGUUCUUUUACCCUUUGUUGUUGUUGAUGGCGGCGGGAUCCUUAUAAAGGGAAACACGCUGAGGGGAGCGGAGGAGGACGUUCCGUUGGAAUCCGCUGUUUUGUUUGAAUCUGCUAUUGUGAAGAAUGGCGGAUACUUUGACGUGGAGAACAACACGAUGAGCGCGGCUAAUGGCGUUUAUUUUUAUGGGGACGCCUUCGUGAGCUCUGCGGGGCUGCUGCGAGUGGCGGACUGCACCUUUUUUGGCAGCGCGGAGGUUUUUGAUUCCACGCUAUUGCUUUUGGACGGCUCUGUGACUCUCCAGGGCGGUGCGCAGUGGCGUGUGGAGG